AUGGGCCGGCAUCGCCUCCGCGGUCGCGUCCGUGACUCAGGCGGUGAUGGCAGUGCCUGGGGCGCAUUGUCCGACCGUAUAGGACGCAAGCCGGUCAUUAUCAGCGGGCAGAUCUUUACGAUGCUGCUGUCGAUCAUGUUUGGUAUGUCGUCGAGUCUAUCGAUGGUUCUGGUAUCGCGUGCUUUGAUCGGCUUCAUGAACGGGAACGUCGGCAUCAUCCGCACUAUGGUUGCGGAGAUUGUACCGCAGCGUGAGCUACAGCCUCGUGCUUUCAGUAUUAUGCCUAUGGUCUGGACGAUCGGUAGUAUCUUUGGACCGGCUUUUGGAGGGGCGCUUGCUCGGCCGGCUGAGAAACAUCCGAAUCUCUUUGGUGGAUCUGAGUUUCUUAAACGGUAUCCAUUUGCGUUACCGAAUUUGGUUUCGGCUUGCUUCUUUAUCGUCGGUAUCACUACGGGUAUUUUGUUUCUAAAGGAAACGCUAGCCACCAAGAAGGAUCGUUAUGAUCCUGGUCUGGUCUUGGGUCAGGCACUUAUUGAGCCGUGCACAUCGCGUAGAAAGCGCGAACUGGGAUCGAAACUUGAAAACGAAGACGACGACGAAGAACAGACGCCCUUACUUGCCGAGGACAGACCUGCCUCGAUAAAGCCGAAAAGACUGAAGCCCGUGACUCAAACUAAGUGGUCGCAAAUAUUCACGCCCCAGUCAACUCUCGUGCUCAUUUCGUAUACGCUGGUUUCUGGCCUCGGAAUGGCCUUUGACUCGGUCUUCCCUGUAUUUCUGCACUGGCCAGUCCAAGAUUUGGAGAAUAAUCCGGAUGUAGAGCUACCAUUCAAAUUCGCCAGUGGGUUUGGCAUCGAUGCCCAAACAAUCGGUCUGUUCUACACGAUCAGCGGGAUUGCAGGAAUGUUCAUUCAAUUCCUCUUCUUCCCACCGAUCGUGCAGCGUUUCGGCGUAUUAAGAUGUUUCAGAGUAGCCGCUCUGUCUAUGCCGAUAAUUUUCUUCCUGACGCCCUUCAUAGCUCUGACCCCUGAACCUUUCCGUAUUCCCAGUGUCCUCCUCAUCCUUUUUGCCAAGCUUGGCUCGGUUAUCUUUGCCAUUCCAUGCUGCACGAUUCUUCUCACAAACUCAGCCUCCAGUGUGACUGUCCUUGGAACUCUUAACGGGGUUGCGACGAGCGUCAGUGCUCUUGGUCGUGCUGCUGGGCCGGCGUUGAUCGGCACCGUAUUUUCCUGGGGUAUUGAGAGGGGAUAUGUGAUUAUUCCCUGGUGGCUUCUCAGUGCUCUUACACUCACGAGUGUGAUUCCAGCCAUUUGGAUUGUGGAACAAGAUGGACCUUAUCGUGAGGUGGAGGAAGAGGAGGAAGAGGAGGUACAGGGAGAAAAUGGUUCCGUGGGCACUUAUGGUGCUGUGGAUGCGUCUAAUGGAGCUAACCGGAGAUAA